UAAGCGUAUAAGAAAGCGCGUAAAACCAAUUUAUAACGGUGCACAAGCCACGCCACGUGCGGCGAGGCUAACGAAAGUACUUCCUUGCCUGGAAAGUAGUCCUAGCAGAGCCUUUGGCUUGCUGCUGCUGUUUUUUGUUUCGUUGUUUGGUAUAGAGCUACCGCUUUCCGAGCUGGGCACCAUGGGAAAGGAUGAUCAAGGUGUGUGUGGCGAGCGCAUGACGUUCGGUUAUAUUCUGGCGCUGUACCAGCCUUUCCCUUGGGCGUGUCGCAGGCGCGGGUGACCCGCUCGACAACGUGCUCUACUGCAGCGGCUUACGUCGGCUCAGCGUGUGGCCGUGGUUCAAAGCAGUUGCCAGCUUGUUGCUGACCGAGCGUCAAGGUUUGCCUCCUGGCGCACCUGUAAAGGAACACAGGAACGCUAGGCUAGGGAUUAGAUACUCAACAACAGCUGCUCCCUUUCACCCGUCUUUGCUGGCUGGCCCAGCGGGGCGACGACCCGGAUGUGGAAGGCCCGCCGGACGAGCACGAUGGUUCAGAGCUGCUCCCCAUCGGUUUGAACACGGUGCCCGAGGACGGUAUGGACGCCGUUGCAGCUGCAGCUGCGCAAGCGGCAGAUGCACUCCCGGACGUGGACGCUAUGGCUGGUUUCGACAUGACUAAACCGGAGGGCAGGUACGCGUACGACGCUGUAACCCGCUGUAGUGACGUGCACCUUCCAAAUGGCCAUGGUGCGGACGCGGUGUCCUUUGUUCGGCGAGCCACCCCAGAAGACGGCCCCAUGCUGCGCGCCGCCGAACAGCGCCUCAAACAGUUUGUGCUGAGCGAUGCUGAAGUAGCUCCUGCAGCAAACAGCGACAGCCACCAACGGCUGCACGUUGCCGGCGGCCAUCAUGGCGACCCCGUCCGUGCGUGGGUCACCACAAUCGAUUCCAUCACCGGAGCCAGCACGGACAUUCACCUGCGCCCUGGAACCGCGCCGCCGUACGUACACAUGGCGACGCCGCCUACACCCGAGCAGACGAUCCAGCUCUUCACGCUGUCAGCAGAACAGGGCGUAGCGUUCUUGCUUAUCCACCGCGCAUUCAUGGCUGACAUCCAGCACCAACCGCAGCCGCCGCUGCACCUCAUGGUGGUGGGCGGUCCGGGUACUGGCAAGAGCCAGACCAUUAAGGCCGCUCUGUGGCACACCUUCCAGCACGGGCACCGCGAUUGGCUAGCCACAACCGCUUACACCUGGUGCGCGGUGAUCACGGUCAACACUCCCUACCACCGGGGGCUGUCGACCAGCACCAUGUUCCAAUUGGGAUGGGGCCGAGGUCGUCAGCAACAAUCCUCACGCGCUGGCGAACAGGUACGAAAGAAUGUUCCCGGAGGUGCCGUAUCCUUCGAUGAGCUUAGCUUCCUAAGCCUGCAGCACCUAGGGCAGAUCAACGCAUCGGCCAGCAGGCACCUCCAGCGACCUCCCCACCUGUCCCGGAGUGGUGCCGGCUACAGCAUGCUUGCUGGUCGGCACGUCAUCAUGUCCGGCGACAUCCUUCAGCACAGGCCGCCCAACGGCAGGCCACUUUACACGUUUGCAGAGGGCCUGGAGAAGGACCGCAACUACCUCGCUCGGCUUCGAAGCGGCGACACCACAGCCCCACGCGGAAUCCCGCCGCUGCCAAAACAGAAGAAGCCCAGGCCGCCCACCCGUGAAGAAGAGGCUGGCCUGGACUUCUACCGCGCCAUCGCUUUCAUUAUACUGCUCUCCAAGCAGCAACGCCAGGACGACACGCCAAGCGGCCGCCUGCUAACACGGCUAGCAAGUGUAUUCAGCGGCGGCCAGGAUGUCAACCGGAGAACGAUCGAAGAGCUCGUCCGCCAGUUGAAUAGCCGCGUCGUACCCGACCUGGCUGCUCUCGGUUCCAGCGACCCACGGGUCGUCCUGCAGCGAAACCAACCCCGGCACGGCCUCAACAUCCGUCUCAUCAAGCUGCAAGCAGCACACCAGGGGAGGCGGCUGGUCGUGUGGAAGGCGCGUCACGCUCGUACGGGGCACAACGCACUCCCGCUCAAUGAAGCAGGCCAGCGCGCCGCUUCUAUGGCGCCUGACGAGGGCUAUGAACAGUUCACGCCUGACACCUGGUACUUCGAGGGCGCCAAAUUCCUCGUCCUGGACAAUAAUGGCCCUGAUGCCGGCAGUUGCCACAACAACACUGUGGUGACGUGCGGCCUGUUGACGGACAAGGAGGAGCCAGAUGACACGGGAGAGGGACCUUACAGGCGCCUGCAGUUCGUCCCCCGUGCGGUAUUCGUAUGGCCCGCUGCCGGGAACACCGACCUCUCCGUCCUUCGCGGCCUGCUUGACUACGACGAGACUCGUGCCGCCUUUGUGGUUACCCCACGGUGGAGCGGCGCCCAAAAGGUGGUAUUCCCUGACCGUACGGUUGUCAGCGAUGGUGAGCCCGCUGUCAACUCGGCCAGCCUCAAGCGCUUUAACAUACCCCUAGGCGACGCGUACGCAGUGGAGGAGUUUGG